CCCGUAGGCCGGGCCCGGCAGCAGCGCAAACACAGCCCAAAAUGGCGGCGGCGGACAGAGACGACUCGCUGUACCCCAUCGCGGUUUUAAUAGACGAGCUGCGGAACGAGGACGUGCAGUUGCGCCUGAACAGUGUCAAGAAACUCUCGACCAUCGCCUUGGCUUUAGGAGUAGAAAGGACCCGGAGUGAACUCCUGCCAUUUCUGACUGAUACAAUCUAUGAUGAAGAUGAAGUGCUGUUGGCUUUGGCAGAACAACUGGGAAACUUUACUGUCCUUGUGGGAGGACCAGAAUUCGUUCACUGUUUGCUGCCGCCCCUGGAGAGCCUUGCCACUGUGGAAGAGACUGUAGUGCGUGACAAGGCUGUGGAUUCUCUGCGUGCUAUUUCUCACGAGCACUCUGCCGUGGACUUGGAAGUUCACUUUGUACCACUGGUCAAGCGCUUGGCUUGUGGCGACUGGUUUACAUCUCGAACCUCUGCCUGUGGUCUUUUCAGCGUCUGCUACCCUCAGGUAUGCAGCUCUGUAAAGACCGAGCUGAGACAGCAUUUCCAUAACCUCUGCUCAGAUGAUACUCCAAUGGUCCGCCGUGCUGCUGCAUCAAAGUUGGGUGAAUUUGCAAAGGUUCUUGAGCUGGAAUAUGUGAAGAAUGACAUUAUACCUCUCUUCACCACCCUGGCUUCUGAUGAACAGGAUUCAGUGAGGUUGUUGGCAGUGGAGGCAUGUGUGAGUAUAGCCCAGCUCCUGCCUCAGGAAGAUUUGGAGGGACUGGUGAUGCCUACACUACGACAAGCAGCAGAGGACAAAUCUUGGCGUGUUCGUUACAUGGUUGCAGACAAGUUUUCUGAACUUCAGAAAGCUGUGGGACCUGAAAUUACAAAAAAUGACCUGGUCCCAGCUUUCCAAAACCUUCUGAAAGACUGCGAGGCAGAAGUUCGUGCGGCUGCAGCUAAUAAGGUUAAAGACUUCUGUGAAAACCUGCCAGCAGAUUGCAGAGAGUCUGUCAUCAUGAGCCACAUCUUGCCAUGUGUUAAGGAGCUGGUGUCUGACGCUAACCAACAUGUGAAGUCAGCCCUGGCCUCGGUCAUUAUGGGCCUGUCAACCAUCCUGGGCAAAGACAAUACCAUUGAACAUUUGCUGCCUCUGUUCCUGGCUCAGCUUAAAGAUGAGUGUCCUGAAGUCCGUUUGAAUAUUAUCUCCAACCUGGACUGUGUGAAUGAAGUUAUUGGGAUUCGCCAGCUGUCGCAGUCCCUUCUGCCAGCCAUUGUGGAGUUGGCAGAGGAUGCCAAGUGGAGAGUGCGGCUGGCAAUCAUUGAGUACAUGCCUCUACUAGCAGGACAACUGGGGGUGGAGUUUUUUGAUGAGAAGCUGAACUCCUUGUGCAUGACUUGGCUUGUGGACCAUGUGUACGCCAUUCGAGAGGCUGCCACCAACAACUUGACAAAGCUGGUAGAGAAGUUCGGCAAAGAUUGGGCUCAGUCAACCAUUGUCCCUAAAGUGCUCGCCAUGGCCAACGAUCCCAAUUAUCUUCACAGGAUGACCACCUUGUUCUGCAUCAACGUGCUGUCUGAAGCCUGCGGGCAGGAUAUCACAGCAAAGCAGAUGUUGCCCACAGUGCUACAGAUGGCAGGUGACCAGGUAGCAAACGUUCGCUUCAACGUAGCUAAGUCCUUGCAAAAAAUAGGACCCGUUUUAGAUUCUAACACUUUACAGACUGAGGUCAAGCCGGUGCUGGAGAAACUGAGUCAGGACCAGGACAUGGACGUGAAAUAUUUUGCACAGGAGGCCAUAUCUGGGCUCUCCCUGGCAUAGAAAAAAAGAGCUAAAGAAAAUGGCUUCUAUUCGCCGUAAGCCUGCAAGUGCUGUUGUGAUGAAAACUUCCAAGUGUCCCAUCCAAGCAUAAUUAAAUAUAUCUGUAUUUAACAAAUUAAGAUUUACCACUGGUAGAGAGAGAGUCACUGGAUUCUGUUGGGAAAUGAGUAUUAUGUUUUAAAAAUUGAUCGGUGUUUUGUUGGCUGUCUAAAAUGUGGAGUGUUCAAGAUUGUGAGUUAUUUCUUAUUGGCUGUACACCUCCCAGUGAGAGCGCCAUCAUUUAGCUGCUGACUGCUGAACAUUGGAAAAGUUGCGAUCUCUUUAAAAGAGGGAAUGGAACACCUAUGUUUUAACAGUCAGCGACACACCCCAGCCCAAUGAGUUCCAACAAGCUGCCAUUAAUCAUUGUAGUCCACACGAAAAGUCGUGGCAAAACAAUUUGUUUUAAAAGCUACCGAUAUUUGGUUUCUAUUGGCAGGAUAAAGUCUCUCCCUCCUCUUCCCCCCCCCCCCAUUGUAAUCAAAGGAGCCGAGGCAUUGAUUUGGGAUGCAGUGUGAUCAAAGUGGACCUCGGUGGCAUUUAUAUUUAACUUUUAAGUUUGUUCACUUUCAUUAAGUUGUAACUUAUCACUCUUACCACAUUUCUGCCAAUGGGCGACAUGAAAGAUUAAUAUUAUUAAUGCUUUUACCUUGUCACACGCUGAAUCGGUCUUCGUUUCGGUAACUGGUAGCUUGUGUUUUGCUCAGUGUAUAUUUUUCAGAGUCUCUUCAAUUGAGUCUCCCUGGUGGAAGGUAACCACGGGGAAUCCAUUAGUUUGCAAAAGGCAGUUUAAUCACCAACUACGUCAGUAAUGAGAAAUAACGUGAAAAUCACAAUUGGGAAUUGCAUUCCUCGUUCGAAGUCUUGUGAAUAAUUGUUGGUCGUGUUUGUUCCCCACAAAAGGCUUUGUUUUAUAUCUGUUUCCUCGUUAUUAUACGGGCAGUUAUUUCGGGAAUACUCCAAAUAAAGUGGAAAAUGCGAAA